AUGCUUUCCUCAAAGCCCAUGGAUCCCAUCAUCCAACAUUCCACUCAGCCCGACCAAGUUCGCAACGGACCUGACUUGGUUCAUCUUGAUACCAAAACUAAUCAGAUGACGCUCCGCGAGGACUCGACCGCUCCAGGCUACCGUGCCGUUCAUAGCCAAGCAGUCAACGAGUCAGCUUCCGUCUCUUCCUCUGACAAACCCACACUCGUUCCAAGCAAAGGCACGUUCAACAUCUCUUCUCCUUCUCAGAUGGCAUCUCCAGUGUCGACCGGCGGUCUUGAUGCUGCUCCGCGCAUCGUUUCGGGCCCCGUUGAUGCCAUCACUGGCCCGAGCGCCUCAGCCGCUAGGAUCCGCUCCGACAAUCUCAAGCUGAUGGGUCUCAGCGAGCGUGCCGACCAUUCGGGUGUUGCGACGCCCAUUGGAACGGGUGGUACUUCUAUUCAUCUGCCUAUCAAUGACGACACCUCAGGUGCAGUUUCGCCCGUCUCGAGUGGUUCUCAGAGUCAAUCUCGCUCAGCCCUCAACAAGGUUCUGAGCGGUGCGAUGACUGGAACCUCUUUCCAGCCCGUCCAAGGCGCCGGUGCUAGCGGACUUGCUUCUGCUCGUGGGGUUGAUGCCUCCAACGCCGAUACCACGGGGACGCCGCCUCAGUUUAUCUUCCCCAAGCUCGGCUCGCGGCGCAACACUGAGCGCCUCGGUAGCAGUGGCGGACGCAAGCAGGGGGAAGGUGGCAGCGGCACUGCCUCACCGUCCGACAAUGACGGCGGCAAGAAGAAAAAGGACAAGGAGCACUCAGGUCACCACAACCCCCUCACCGAUCUGCGCAAAUUCCUGCAAAACCACAUUGGACACCACAAUAUCGACUCACGAAGCGACAGCAGCCGCUCUGGUAUUGCGACGCCCAAGCGACACGGCAAAGAUUCGCCACCGCUCGGCGAGGACCACGCGCACUUGGCCAAAAAGUACGGCAAAUGGGGCAAGGUCCUCGGCUCUGGUGCUGGAGGUACAGUGCGUUUGAUCAAGCGGUCAAAGGACCAUACCGUCUUCGCCGUCAAGGAGUUCCGUCAGCGCAGAGCAGGCGAGAACGAAAAGGAGUACAUCAAAAAAGUCACGGCUGAAUUUUGUAUCGGCAGUACGCUGCAUCACAUCAACAUCAUCGAGACGAUCGACAUCAUCUCGGAUCAUGGCCACUACUACGAAGUCAUGGAGUAUGCUCCUUACGACCUUUUCAGUGUCGUCAUGAGCGGCAAGAUGUGUCGCCAAGAGAUCUACUGCGUCUUCCGCCAGAUCUGCGAUGGUGUCGACUAUCUCCACUCGAUGGGUUUGGCGCACCGCGACUUGAAGCUCGACAACUGCGUCAUGACUACAGGUAACGUCGUCAAACUCAUCGAUUUUGGUACCGCCACCGUCUUCCACUCGCCAGGCAAGACCAAGGUGGUGGCCACUGGUGUUGUGGGCUCAGAUCCGUACCUAGCGCCCGAAGUGCUAUCGCAGCAGACGUAUGACCCCAGGCUGACCGACGUAUGGAGCUGCGCCAUCAUCUUUCUUUGCAUGAUUCUGCGUCGUUUCCCGUGGAAGCUGCCGGACAUGAAGUCGGACCCAAGCUUCCGACUAUUCGUCAACUCGCACCCCGAGCUGUGCAAGGCUCCUCCCUCCGAGCCUGCCAAGAGCCAACCCAACAGCGAAGGUGCAAGCAGACAGAGCAGCACGCCUGCGUCUAGUGUUAUGGCAAGCCGUGUCACUUCGAGCGAGCACGUUUCGGCGCUGCGCAAAAACCUGGGCAUGUCGACCAUUGACCCAGUAGUGAGCAGUUCAGAUGACAAUGGAGCUACGCCACAGAUUCGAUCGGCACAAGAGGCUGGCUACAUGACGCCCCACUCGAUCCACUCGAACCCGCACUCGCCUUCGCUGAGCGAUGCUUUUGAUGCAAACAGGAUACUUGGAGGUGGUGACGGCAACGAAGCGAUCGCAAGUCCCAGUGCCAUGUCUCCUGUUGUCUCAUCGCCCACUUCUACGUUCGCUGACGGCAGCGCAGCUGGCGAGGGUGGCAAUGAGAUAGCCUUUGAUGACGUUCGCCCCCACGCGCAUCGCAGCGACAGCGUCUCCUCGGCGUCUUCGCAGACCACCUUCACCUCGGGUGCGGCGGACAGCAUCUUCCGUCUGCUCCCACGAGAGACGCGCUCCGCACUGUCGCGCAUGAUGGCCGUUGAGCCCUCGCUUCGCUGCACACUCGGAGACCUUCUGCGCGGUCGUCGAUUCAGCGAUACAGACAGCCCGCUCACUCGCACACCUGUCAUGUCAAGGAGUAACUCGACUGAUAUGCUCCGCUCGGCGAUCGAUGGCGCUCACGCACAAGCUCAUGUGCGCGAUGGGGCAACUUCUCCAACGAGUGCCACCUUUGACGGUAUCAGCCGAGACGCUCAUGCAGCAGGACUUGGCUCGAUCGGCUUGUCCGAAUUCGAGGACGACGACGACAAGGGUGACGAUUGGUUGAAAAACAUUCGUACCUGCGCACACAUCUUGAAGGACGGCAAGCCGGGCGAGCAGCCCGACCAUCCUCACGUUAAGGUGAUGAGCGAAGAAAGUAAGCGCAAACACUCGCUCUUCCACCGCAAAGAUUGA